AUGCGGUCGUUACUGCGGUGCCUGCCCGCCGCUAUAGGCGGCCUUCUUUAUGCCCGCACAGCGGUCGCGGAUGGCCCCAAGGGCGUAUUCGCCCACUACAUGGCUGGGACGAUAUUCGAGAACCACAUAAAACAAGAUGUGCACGACGCGGCAAAAAUGGGGCUUGACGGCUUCGCGGUUAACAUCGGCGAUCCGCUGAGCGAGGAGACGCGGAUAAUGCUGAACACCAUGUUCGACUACGCGGCGUCCAACCACCCAGAAUUCAAGAUGUUUAUUAGUAUGGAUCUGUGGGCGCCGAAGAACCUGUCCGACUUCGACUCGAUCCUGACCGACUUCCUUGGCCACGCCGCAUACUACCGUGGAUCGGACGGGUACCCCUUCGUCAGCACAUACGGCGGUGGUAACUUCGCCCAGAACGACUGGAGCGCCUGGCGCGACCGGUGGGCCCGCAAUAUUUAUUUCGUGCCUGAUUUCGCCGACUUGAUGGCCCUGCAGGGGUCUCAGGGCUGGUGGGAUGAAUGGGGGUUUAUGAUUGCGGGCUUGUUCAGUUGGGAGUCGACGUGGCCGAUUAGGGGACAGGCGAGCACGCUGGAGGUGGCCCGGGUCGAUGCGAAGCCCGAGUGGACGGAGGAGAAGGACAAAGCGUACAUGAUCGGCCUGAGCAUGCUCCAAUACAAAAACUCCUACGGCGCCAAUAUCUACCGCGCCGGCGAGGAGAACCUCCCCCUCCGCAUCCAAAACAUCCUCAACAUGCCCGAGCAACCCGAAUUCACCCAAAUCCUCACCUGGAACGACGGCCCCGAAAGCCACUACAUGGGCAACAUCUGGCCGGAGCAAGACAACACGACGCAAAUGCGCGUCUACGCCAACGACGCCUCGUCCCACACCGGCAUCCAACCGCUCCUCGCCUCCUUCACCGCGGCCUUCAAAUCCGGCCUGACCGCCGACAAGAUGGCGCCGUUCGGCACCAACGCCAACGCCACCGGCGCCCUGUGGUUCAAGCCCAUCCUGGCCGACACGUCGUGUCCGGACGAGGACGACGGCGACCUGCACAACGAGAAGCCGUCGGGCUACGAGGUCGCGGUCGACGUGUCGACGUGGGCGGUCGUCGUGGGCGAGGGGAAGGACGGGUGGACGGUGCAGGGGUAUAGUGGGGGCGAGACGCUGGGGGAUAAGGUGGAGCUUGUGCAGGGGCUGAAUUAUGGGAAUUUUUCGGGGAUGAGGGAGGGGAAGCAGUGUGUUGAGGUGAGGGAUAAGGAGGGGACGUUGGUCGCGGUCGCGAAGGGCGGGAGGGAGGUGUCGAAGGACUGCCCGGACGGGAUUUACAAUCUCAAUCCGCAGGUGCUGGAGUUGUCGGAGAAUGUGGGGGAUGGCGGGUGCGUGGAUGAGGAAGAUGAUGGGGAUGAUGACGAUGAUGGGAAGGACGAUGAUGAUUCGUGGGGUGUGAGGGCAGUGGAGGUCAAUGGCGCAGUUAUGCUGAUUGCGCUGUUGGCGUCGUUGGUUUCGGUGAUGGGAACUUCGGUUCUGUGCUGA